AUGGCCGGAGAGCGACUGGAGGACCCUCUACUUGGGGAAGGCAAGGGAGAGAGAGACUUGGAGGAGAUCAAAAGCUUGGAACAGUUUGUUAAGGAGAUAGUUAAGGAGAAGAAGAAGCUGUGGUACCUGGCAGGGCCGGCCAUCUUCACGUCCCUGGCCCAGUAUUCUCUGGGAGCCACCACCCAAGUCUUCGCCGGCCAACUUCCCACCCUCGAGUUCGACGCUGUGUCCACUGAGAACAUGGUCAUCGCCGGACUAGCCUUCGGCAUCAUGUUGGGCAUGGGAAGUGCACUCGAGACACUAUGCGGCCAGGCAUUUGGUGCGAAGCAACUCCACAUGUUGGGGGUCUACAUGCAACGCUCAUGGGUCAUCCUCACCGCAAUGUGUGUCUGCCUGUUGCCCAUCUACUUGUUUGCGAGCCCCCUCCUUCAGUUACUAAACCAGGACAAGAAGAUCUCCAUGCUUGCUGGAAAAUUUUCAUUGUACAUGAUCCCUCAGCUCUUCGCAUACGGAUUCAAUUUUCCAAUACAAAAGUUCUUACAGGCCCAGAGCAAGGUCAUGACCAUGGCCAUAGUCUCUGCAGUGGCCAUGGUGUUCCAUAUAUUCUUAAGCUGGCUUCUGAUGGUUCACUUCAAGUUGGGUCUUGUGGGUGCAGCUGCCUCUCUCAACUUGGCUUGGUGGAUUGUGGUGCUUGGGCAGUUUGCUUAUAUUGCUAUGGGGUACUGCCCUGGUGCUUGGACUGGCUUCAGCUGGGGGGCUUUCAGGGACUUGGGAGCCUUUGCCAAGAUCUCUAUAGGUUCAGCUAUCAUGAUGUGCCUUGAGUACUGGUUCUACAUGUUCCUCAUCUUGAUAGUAGGCCAACUAAAGAAUGCCGAAGUUGCAGUGGCUGCUGUAUCAAUCUGUGACAACUUAUUUGGGUGGGUGCUCAUGGUGUUCUUGGGUUUUAAUGCUGCAAUCAGUGUCAGGAUAUCGAAUGAGCUCGGAGCUGGGAGGCCAAGGGCAGCCAAGUUUUCAAUACUUGUGGUGGUCAUGUCCUCAGUCUUGCUGGGUCUCUUCUUCUUUACCCUUGUCUUGGUAAUGAAGGAUGUCUAUGGGGUUCCCUUUACUAAUAGUCCUAAAGUCAUCCAUGUCGUCGCCGAUCUUGCGGUGGUCUUUGCUUUCGCGCUUCUCCUCAACAGUGUUCAGCCAGUUCUUACCGGUGUAGCAGUUGGAGCUGGGUGGCAGUGGCUGGUGGCCUACAUCAACUUGGGAUGUUACUAUGUGGUGGGUAUUCCAACAGGCUACCUAUUGGCAAUUAAAUGUGAUCUAGGAGUGAAGGGAAUGUGGACUGGUAUGCUAACUGGAGUAGGCUUGCAGACCUUGAUACUCACUGGCAUCACUCUGGGCACUAAUUGGAACAAAGAGGCAAAGCAUGCAGAUUUGCGGAUAAAAAAGUGGGGAGGAUCUGCAAUUGAACAAAAAUAG